AAAAACACGCGCAGUCGUAGUUUGGACCGCUUGCGUCGGGCGGCCGCCCGCCCAGUCGCGGCUCACCCUGCCGCCGGCGCGAACAUCGGGUGUCAUCCGCGAUCGAUACCUCAUAACCCUUAACCAUAGCAUUAUUUAAAAUAACUAUAACCACCAUCGAACAACAUUUAUCGGUUGUUACGAACACGUAAAAAAUUUUUAGCCUGUAUGUGCUAAGAACAUUAGUCCGUUAUCCGCAGUACUGAACAGUUAAAUAGUGAUAUUUGUGAUAAACCAAAAUGCAAGAAAUAAGAAGUAAACUGGUUUAAAUAAAUGUGUGGGAGGUGAUUUGGAUUAGAAGAUAUGACGUCGCUAAAGCAUGGCGUCAAUUUGAGCCGGCGGGCGUGCAGGCAUUCGCUUGGCCUGCUUACUGCCGCUGUUCUUCUCUCAAUUGCUAACUCAAAUCCUAUCGAAAGCACCACAAAAGCAAGUCCGUCCAUAGCAGUCGAUGGGAUCUCAACGUAUCCGGGACUCGGUUUUGGCCCCAUGGGUCCUGUAGCGCCCCUACCUGGGGAGCCGCCAGGCACCCAGCUCCAACAAAAGCAGGAGACCACAACAGAAUUACCGGUCACUCAAGAGCCCAAGAAGGAGAGUACACUGGUGAUAGCCGCGUUCGAAUUCCAUCGCGUUGAAACGCCAUUCUUAAUUGGCGUAUGGAUAUUUUUUGCCAGCAUCGCUAAAAUUGGAUUUCACAUGGCUCCCAGGUUAUCGAAGAUUUUUCCGGAGUCCUGCCUUCUUAUCUUUGUAGGAGUACUUAUAGGCGCUUUGCUGUUAAGCACACAUAGUGUUCAUGUGCAACCUCUAACGCCUGAUACAUUUUUUCUGUAUAUGCUGCCUCCUAUUAUUUUGGACGCAGGAUACUUCAUGCCUAAUAGGUUAUUCUUUGACCAUCUUGGAACUAUACUGCUGUUUGCAGUUGUUGGAACAGUUUUUAAUACUUUAACAAUUGGGUUGUCGUUGUGGGCUUGUGGCCAGACCGGCAUGUUCGCGUUUCCAACUCCCCUUUUGGACAUGUUAUUAUUUGGAGCUUUAAUAUCGGCUGUGGACCCGGUGGCAGUUCUAGCGGUUUUUGAAGAGAUUCACGUAGAUGAAGUAUUGUACAUAGUAGUGUUUGGGGAAUCUCUUUUAAAUGAUGCCGUUACUGUUGUUCUUUAUCACAUGUUUGAAGCUUACACAGAAAUGGGGCCAUCGAAUCUAAUGUACACUGACUUCCUCGCAGGCUUUGCGUCUUUUAUAGUGGUAGCUUUUGGUGGUACGUGUAUUGGAGUAGUUUGGGGUUUUGCUACAGGCCUUGUUACAAGGUUCACACAUGAAGUGAGAGUGAUAGAGCCGAUAUUCAUCUUUGUGAUGGCAUAUCUUGCGUACUUGAAUGCUGAAAUGUUUCACAUGAGUGGAAUUCUGGCGAUAACCUUUUGCGGAAUAACGAUGAAGAAUUACGUGGAGGCCAAUAUAUCGCACAAGUCUCAUACCACAAUAAAAUAUACAAUGAAGAUGUUGUCAUCAUCAUCAGAGACUAUCAUAUUCAUGUUCCUUGGUGUUGCAACUGUUAAUAAUAAUCACGUUUGGAAUACUUGGUUUGUGCUAUUGACAAUUGUAUUCUGUUCCGUUUUUCGUAUAAUAGGUGUGUACAUAUUUAGCGCUGUAGCAAAUAAGUUUAGGCUGCACAAAUUAAAUACGGUUGAGAAGUUUGUUAUGUCUUAUGGAGGUCUCAGGGGAGCGGUGGCAUUCGCUCUGGUGCUAUUAAUAGAUCCGAAAGUGGUGAAACUGCAACCAAUGUUCGUUACGACCACGAUAGCUGUUAUUUAUUUCACUGUAUUUAUACAAGGGAUCACGAUAAAGCCUCUAGUAAAGAUACUCAAUGUUAAGACGGUCGAGAAAAGAAAGCCUACUAUGAAUGAACGCAUACAUGAAAGGUUUAUGGACCAUCUUAUGGCGGGAAUUGAAGAUAUUUUGGGUAAACACGGGAAUCAUCACAUGCGUGAUAAAUUCAAGAGAUUCGAUAAUCGGUUCAUAAGACCGUUUUUGCUGAGAAAUUAUCAGGGCGCGGAGCCAAAGAUUCUAGAGACUUAUUCCAAAUUGGCCAUGCGAGAUGCAAUAGAGUACAUGCAAAGAAAUGCGUCAACUAUUGGAAACAUUUCCGGUGCAGAGUCGAUGUCGGCUAUAUUUAAAAACUAUACAAAUGCUAAUUUAAAUGGAAGUCCAAGCUUCAGUCAAUUAGAUUCUUCAACGUGGAAUAUAGAUAUGCAAGAACUGGAAUAUAAUCCGUCCAAAAAGGAUUUGACUGAUGCUAGAAUUCAUCACCUGCUUGCUGAAGAAUUGUGUAAACCAUAUAGACGUCAUCGUCGUUUGAGUUAUAGCCGCCAUGCCGUAAAUGACCGUGAUUUAGGAAUGCAGGUGAACUACAAAACGCACAUGAACAUAAGAAGGCUGGUUGGCGAUAGAAAGCACCACCAUAAGCGUAGUAAGCGUGGGAAACAGGAUGGCAAAAACCAUGUCUCCUUCCCAGAAUUCCAGCAAAAUGGUUCGGCAAAACAGUUCACGCACGGUAAAAAAAAGUAUUAUAGAUUAGAUUAUAUAGAUGAGGUUUUGCAAGAGGAUGAGGAGACACCAAGGCGGGAAAAUGAUGAUGGUGGUAUUACCUUCACUGCCAAAUCUCCACCCGGGUACAAAGAAAUAAGUCCAACAUCUUCGCAUAAAGAAAACAGUAGUUCGUUACUGAACCAGUUGGCAAAUUUGCCCGGAUUCAAUCCGUUGAAAGCGCGGAUCGUUAAGCAGUAUGCUAAAACACCAGAAGAGAUACUACCAACGGCUGUCGAAAAGUCUUUACCGUGGAGAAGAGACAGAUCCACGUACAACUUCGUACCAAAUGAGGAUAUUCUCGAAGAAGAUGAAAGGAGAAUGUCCGAUGAUAACGAUACGUAUAUUACGGUAGCUGAGCAAGCGCGCGUUGCGACCCCAACGGCUACGGAGACCAUGUUGCCAUGGAAACGGGAAGAUACGGAGGCCGGUGCCCUCAAACAAUUCGAGUUCCCCUCUUGGGCGUCUAACAAGGAAUACUUGGCUUAUAGCUCACCCUCCGCUACAUUUUUAGGUGGUAUAGAGAAGCCAAAACAUCCGAAAUCUAUCAUAGGUUUGUUCCGAAGAGAGAGCUCUAGUUCCACACAAGGUGGGAGUGAAAUUCCUGUGAUGUCAGAUUCUGAAGGCAAAGCGGAGUCGAGCAAAGGGGACACGUCUUCGAGUAGAGGUGAUAUAAGUGGGCUAGCGAAGCAAGGCCCUAGCUUACUGUCAAAGAGAAGCACGAGCUUGGGAGGACCAACAGUGCUUCUAAUGGAAGACGUAGCUCAUUCCGAUCCGUUGGGCGCGUCGUCGAGACCUGCGAGCAUCAUGCAGGGUCCACAUAGAGGGCAGUGUCGACGAGGAUCGAUGUUAGAACUUACGGGUUCACUGUCACGGGAUGCGAUAACCGAAGAGAAAUGCAGCAAAUCUCUACCAGAGAGCGAGCGAAUGGGUGUUCGCCGGCUCGCGCUCGGUCAACAGAGCCUUCCCCGCGAGACCUUCAGCCGACAACACACCCUCACGUCCAACGUUCUCACCAGCUCAUCGUCAGACGACUCCUCCGACGAAAACACCUGAGUAUCAAGACGUGGUGACCCAGAUCGGUUACCACUUCUUAAAUAUAGGACGUUGAAUUAAAAGUUAGCUUUUCUGUAUAGCAUUUAUAUAACCCGGCUAGAUUCAUUAUUAUUGAAAAUGAAAACUUUGCUUUAGAAUGAAUUAUCGAAAUAGCCGUAGAAGUUGUUUAGCAAAAGUUGAACGAUUUGACGUAUACUUGUAAAUAUAUAGAUGCUUAGUAGGUAAGUAAAAUCGAUACCGGUAUUACCCGAUGCUGUAAUCAAUUUAUAUUAAAAUAAAUAAUAUAAAAUGCAUAAUAUUCGCCUGCAUUUGUGAUAUUAAUAAAUUAUUAAAUUUCAAUUUGAACAAUUACAGGUUUUUAUAAGAGAUGGCUUUCAUUUGUGUACCUAGCCGUUUUAUUUUAGAUGUUUCGUUGAGAAAAAUGUUUCAACAGUAUUUUUCUAUGCAAUUUGUAUAAUAAAAUACAAAUUAUACAAAGUACUUAUGAUAAGGUAGUGAAAAUAAAGACAAAGUUCUUGUUAUUAUUUAUUUAGGAGAGUCGAAAUUUCCUAUUCCGGUACCGGUUGCCAAUGACAAUACAAAUAGAAAUAGUAAUUAACUGUUUGUAGAUAAUUAAUUUGUUGUGUAUAAUAUAUAAUUCAUAGUAUUAUGUAUCAUAAUUCAUUAAUUCAACAUUGUAUAGAUAUAGUUUAAGCUUAGGUCGGAAUGGAACAAUUUCUUCGCAAUUUUUUAUUAUUUAUCUUUGUUGUGUAAAAAUAACCACCAAUUUUAAUCACUAAACUACAAAUAUUGUUAACAUAAACUAUUAAAAUAAAAAGAAGAUUUAAAUCCUAUAUUGCAUUUUACCUAGAUUAAUGAUACCUUCAUUUUGUGCAAAUAUGAAUUAGGUACUAUCAUCAACAUUUUUCAAAACACAUUUUUUACAAAUAAUAUAAUAUUUAUUACAAAAUAUUAUAGAUUUAAAUAUCUUACUGUCAUUGGCAAUGUGAUAUUGUGUGGUUAAAUAGGGGGUGUAAAAGGAGGUCAGAGGUCUAGAUAAACAUAAAAUUUAGUGGCUGCUAUUGAUUAAAGAAAACAGUAUUAAAAAUCAACUUUACAAUUUAUUUUUUGUUUAACUACAAAUAAAAGGAUCGUUGUUUUCGUAAAAUAUAUUUUUAUUAAAGAAAAUAUAUAUUUGAGGCCCAAAUAGAAAACACCUUAACGUGUAUUACUUAUGAUUUAUUCACUACAAUUGUGAUAUUGUAAAUAACACAUAGGUAAUUUAUAAAUUUAAAAUAAAAUGAAGCUUAGGUUAGUGAGAGUAGGCAAAAUUGACAAUAGAGUAGAAUAUUUUUCCUUGCACCUUAGUACUUCACUUUCCUAAAUUUUUUAAUAAGAUAUUCGAAUAAUUUUAAUAAAUAUAAGGCAGUAGAUCUUUAACAGGUUUAAUAGAUAGACAAAAUUUGUUGAUGUUAUAUUAUAAUAGUAUUUACUAUACCUACCUUUUUAAUUUAUGUUACAGUUCAAAAGUAAGUACCUACCUACCUACAUAAUAUCCACCUUUCUUCAGUUGAGGUAUUAGUUUCCGAGAGGCAGUCUAUUUUAUGACACAAGUAAAAUUAUUAUUUUUUUCAUGUGGGUAUUAAAUAUGUCCCUUUCUUACGUAGGUAGUUGGUUAUAAAAAAUAUCUGUUCGAUACUUAGGCUCAUGCUGAUAUAUUUUGUACCUACAACAAUCGUGUUCAUAAUAUUAUAAUAUUGCAUCUUUUAUAUUAAAUAUUUCAAAAAUAAAUCAUUCAUAAUAUCUACUGGCAGUACCUAUACAUAAUCUAUACCUAUCUAUACCUAUGUUGGAAAAAAUAAAUGAUGCGUAAUUUUUAAUUCGUGCACACUAUAAUCGCACCUACAUCUAAAAUAAAUCUUUACAUUGAUUUACUAUAAAAAAUAUACCUACCUAAGUAAGCUUUUUGAAUAAAUUUGGUGUGUCAAUUGAAGAAAAUAGUGCCUAGAAUAUUUUAUGAACGCUCACUGAUAUUAUUAGAAACCUUGAAUUGAGUAUUGUUAUAUAAUUAUUGUAAAUUAGACGGAUAGUGUGACAUGCUAUGUAAAAUAAUGAAAAUAAAUAACGAUUAUUCAA